UACUACUGUUUGUCCACUUAACCACAAAUGUGUAAACACUGACCUCGGUUUAAUAGGUUUUGUUUGCAUGUAUAUUUGAAUACAAUACUGUUCUCAACAUCAAAUUUCCCUUUUCGUGUUGUUUGCCUGAUAUGUAGCUUCAUCGUGUGCUUCAGUUUCAGAGUAAUCGGUGCUAUGGGUCUGCUCUCAGCUUAUCUGUUCAUUGCAGUCAACAGUACAUGGCUGUGGAUCCUAGUCUUGGUGGUAGCGUUGUACUGGGCUUAUAUGCGCAUGUUUAUUGCCUAUUAUGACACUAAUAUAGAGCGAACAGAAGGCAAGACUUUCAUCAUUACGGGAGCAGAGACAGGAAUAGGAAGAAUGACUGCAGACCUGAUGGCAUCAAGAGGUGGUCAUCUUAUUAUGGCCUGCAAAGAUGUUCAUUUGGGCCAGAUUGCUAGAGAUCAAAUAGUGGCUCGGACAAACAACAAUAAAGUGGAAGUAAGGCACCUGGACUUAAGUUCGCUGGAUUCUGUGAGGAAGUUCUCCAAGGAUUUCCAUGACUCUGUGGGCAAGUUGGAUGUGCUGAUCAACAAUGCUGCGAUAGCAUGUUCACCCAAUCCUACUACAGCAGAUGGGCUCAAUACCAUCAUGCAAGUCAAUCACUUUGGGCCAUUCCUGCUCACCAACUUGCUACUAGAUUUACUAAAGAAGUCGUCACCAAGCCGCGUAGUGUUUGUGUCAUCUCUCUUCCACCACUUUCACAAGUUUAGUAUGGACAACCUCAACUGUGACAAACAACGAUUGCCUAACUGCAGAGUCUACUUCAACUCAAAGCUGGCCAACAUCCUCACUGCCAAGUACUUUGCCAGGAUGUUGCAGGGGACAGGAGUUACUGUGAAUACUGUCCACCCUGGUAUGGCACUGACUGACAUGACCAAGAAAUGUUCUGGCUCAUUCAUUGGAAUCCUCUGCAAUUUGUGGCUCAAUGUUUUUGGUAAAACACCAUGUGAGGCAGCAAUGACACCAGCAUAUGCUGCUACCGAAAUUAAACUUGCUUAUGUCACAGGCGAACAUUUUGCUGACUGCAAGGUGUCCCACUGUGUUGCUAACAUCGCACACAACACAAACCUACAGGAUAAACUAUUCGAGAAGAGUGCAGAACUUGUUCAUUUGAAAUCUGCAGAGAAGCACUUUUAGUGAUAAUUCAGCAUUUAGUAUUAGUUCAAUCUUUUAUAGCCUUAAGUACUAAUAUGAAAAAUUUAAAAAUAAAUUAUUAUAAAAAAUGUAA